AGAAAGGGAACACACACACACACCAAACCCAGGGACAGGAAGAGGUGGAUCUUGCGCGCAGUUGCGCUAGCUAGGGCUUCCCGAGCGCCGACAUGGGCGGAAGCUCCAACACCAGCAGCGGCGGCGGCGGCGGCAAGGACAAGGACGACGAGAGGGGCUCGCCGUCGACCAAGGAGGCGUCCUUCAAGGAGGGGGAGAGAGUGCUGGCCUACCACGGCCCCCUCCUCUACGAGGCCAAGGUUCAAAAGUCCGAAAACAAGGAGGAUGAGUGGCGGUAUCACGUCCAUUAUCUCGGUUGGAGUAAGAGCUGGGAUGAAUGGGUCACAAAUGAUCGUUUACUGAAAUUGACGGAGGAAAAUAUCCGUAAACAACAAGAGCUUGAAAAGAGCCAAUCUGCUGAUAAAAGUGUAAAGUCUGGACGGUCAUCUCAGCAUAAGCCAAAAGGCUCCAAUGCAGAUGCAAAAACGGACAAAGAGGACACAAAGUCUCUUGUCAAGGGGAAGAAACGCAAGAGUCAGCCUGGUGUGACUGAGGAGAAGGAAAGAAAAUCAUCAGAGAGUCUCUUCAUGUCACAUUUUCCUUCAACACUAAAAAAGCAACUUGUUGAUGAUUGGGAGUUUGUCACGCAGCUGGGUAAGGUUGUGAAGCUACCUCGAUCCCCCACUGUCGAUGAUAUUCUAGCGAAGUACUUGGAGCAUCGGACAAAGAAGGAUAACAAGAUAAAUGACUCUUACGCUGAGAUUUUGAAAGGAUUGCGAUGCUACUUUGAUAAAGCAUUGCCUGCAAUGCUUUUGUAUAAGAAAGAGCGACAACAGUACUCUGAAGAGGUUAAAGGUGAUGUUUCACCCUCAACUAUAUAUGGAGCUGAGCAUCUACUGCGCCUUUUUGUGAAAUUGCCAGAGCUACUUGCUUCUGUCAACAUGGAAGAAGAUGCACUCAACAAACUACAGCAGAAAUUGCUGGACAUUCUCAAGUUUCUGCAGAAGAAUCAGAAUUCAUUCUUCCUUUCUGCUUAUGACAGUGGUUCUAAAGGUACUGACGGGAUAAAGGCCAAAUAGAAGCAAACUGUUGCAUCUGUAUGUUGACUGUACUUAAUUCUCUCUGUGUUGUUUUAAUCUCUAUGUGAUUGAACUAUGCGUCAGUGAAAACUUUUAGUACUUAACAGCACUGUUUGCUAAUGCUAAUUUCAUGUAAAAGAGCUGCUGAAGGUAGAAUGUUGGCUGGUUUGUAUGACAGUUGAGCACUUGCAUCAUACAUGGGGUUAUAUUUUCCCAAUAUUUUUAUUGAUGUACAACUAA